AUGGGAGGUGGGCAGCACGCGACUCUAUCUGUCCCUCCAAGGACCCUCGAUCCAGAGCGCUGCAAGCUCGGGCCUUGCCCCCGCCAUAGCUUGCACGACCGUCGUGUGUGGAGGGGCCCCACUCGGUUAAAGAUACAGCUGCCCAGACUUCCAAUGGCGUUUGCACCACUCAUCAAGAGAUCGACGGGUGAGAGAUAGGGAUAAUCACACCAAAACACCAUUUCAUCAAGACGCAAUUCAGCCUGUGUCUUCUGGUCAAAGUGCGGACUGUAUGUGAUGCAAUCACGUCCAUGACGAUGCCAGUUUGCUGCGCCGGAGCUUCCCCAGAAGGUCUGAAGCCGAACCACGCGCAUCCUUGCUGCUCUGAUGCACACCUGACGUGAGUCUCGGGGUGAGUCGCAGUGGGAACGUCAAACGACAAAGAAAGCGAGUCGCAAUGGAAGCU